AAUUGUAACAAAUUGCCAUUUCAUAGCGUGUUAAUAAAUCUAUUAAAUUUCAAUUAAAAAUAUACAUACUGAGAGAUCUAUAUUAAUUAAUAUGAAUAGCUUCAUGAUUUCGUCUUUCCAGAACUUUUCAUAAAAAAAAGUUAGUAACGCUACAAACUUUUAUUACAAUCCAAUAUAUCGUUUCGACAACUUCGAUGACAUUAAUAUUAGAUGCGUGUAAGAUAUUUGUUUGUUGUUUUGAAAUACAAAUUGUAGAGUUGCAUGUUUUUCUCGAUCAAAUGAGACAAUAUUGCAAUCUUAUAAUAAUUUAGCUAGCAAGCGCAGUUAUGUAAAGCAUUAUGUUGUCGCAACAAAUUGGGAUGUAAUUUGUCAGCAGGUUUUAUGGAAAUCUGUUUCCAAUCUGCUCGCAUACUGUUCGCACUUUGCUUACUGCGAAGAUUCCAAUUUAAAAAAAAGUACGAGCGAAGUUAAGGUACAAAGAAUACAUCGAUUCGCCGUAAGCGAUGUCUAAGAUGUAGCAAGCUUUAAAGACAACUUUAGAGUUUCUCAAUUUAACUGAAUCAGCGAGUCAUCAAUUCGCGCUAAGCUUUGAGCAACUUUGAACAUUGGAACACUUAUGUGUAUGUUGCGAUUAAUAUAGAGGCGGCCUCGUACCGUGUCCGUGCAUGCAUGCGUGCCGGUGUAUGCGUGCGGCAUGACUACGCACACACACACACGCGUACACGCGUAGAGACGCUCUUCUUCCUCUUCCUACCGGCGAAAUCCGACAGUGAGGUGCGUGACGUCGUACCGAGCGUUUCGCGGAUCUCUAGUCCUCGGAGCGACUAGUCGCACGCACGUAGCGCGCGCACACACCCACCCACGCAUUACGUUGCACACGUGGCUGCCGGAAUCGCACGAAGUAGACGCGCUAUUCCACCUGUGAGAAACGGUCGUUUACCUGGUGUCCUUGCUGUCCGUCCGGCAUAGACUCGCCAAAGGCGAAACACAGUACAAACUAAAAAGAUCGGACCUUGGGACAACUUGAGCAACGACAGAGAAUUUUAGGGGAUAUGGAAAUUUUUGGUGUGAGAUUCGCACCACUAAGCGUGCCGCUGGAAAGAAGACUGCAGACUCUGGUCGCUGCGAUAUGGAUCUUCGUCAGCGCUUUCGGUGAUUUUUGGGGAUACAUCAUUACGGCCUAUCUUCUGCUUUACACGCAAACGAUACGCUAUUUCGUAUUACUCUAUUUUAUCUGGAUGUAUUACGAUUGGGACACCUGCAAUCGUGGCGGUAGAAGUGAAUCGUGGACAAGAUGGGCAAGAAAUAACGCAUUUUGGCGUUACUUUUGUAAUUAUUUUCCCUUAAAAUUAGUAAAAACAGUCGAUCUAGAUCCCACGAAAUCUUAUCUUUUUAUUAAUGUACCUCAUGGGAUAUUAUCGACGGGAGCAAUGGGCGCAUUUGGGACGGAUAUACUAGGCUGCAAGGAGCUAUUCCCUGGAUUAGAUGUGCGCCCGAUCAUUCUCGAUCAACACUUUAAAAUACCUUUCUUCCGAGAAUACCCUUAUUCCACAGGUUGCUGUGCUGCUAAUGCGAGAAGCCUCGAGCACUUAUUAUCGACACCACCGAAAAGCCCGCACACCGGAAGGGCUACGAUUCUUAUCGUCGGCGGCGCCUCUGAAUCCAUGGAAUCGAAGCCAGGAACUUAUCGUACUCUCGUGAAGAAGAGGAAAGGCUUUGUCAGAUUAGCAUUAAAAUACGGUACAUCGUUGGUUCCUGUUUUCUCUUUCGGCGAAACGGACUUGUACGAUCAACUGUACGGACCAGAAGGAUCGACUUUAAGACGCGUGCAGAACUAUAUACGCAAACUCAUAGGAUUAGCACCUGUUAUUUUCUCAGGCAGAGGAUUCUUCCAAUAUUCGUUUGGUCUUAUUCCGAAACGAUUGCCCGUCACCGUAGUCGUUGGCAGUCCCAUCGAGCUACCGAAAAUACCAAAGCCUACGACUGAACAAAUCGAUGAAUACCACGAAAAAUUUACGAAACAAUUAAUUGAGCUUUUCGAGUCACAAAAACAUAAUUAUAUAAAAGAUGCAGAAACGACUGCACUCGAGCUCGAUUUGUGACACCAAUCCAUCAUCACAAAUUUGUGCAAAAGAAAGAGUAAAAGAAUUAUUAUUUUCUUAAAAACGUAAGAUUUCAAAAGAAUGGUCUAUGUAUGUUUAAUACAUAUGCUUUUAACACA